GCUGUCGACGACUGCUCCUAAAGCACUGUCGACAUGUAGGGCCUCGGCACGAACCUGUCUGCUUAUUGCAUAGCCUCAACAGACAAGAGGCACGUAAUUCAGGACAAGGCAUACGCUUUUCCAGCGGAUUCCCCGGCCCAAGUGUGAGAUGCAGCGCCACAAACCGCGCCGGCAACGACUUACCCCAGGACUGGACACAGGUGGUCUCCUGGGCCCGAGAGGAGUUCCGCCGCUGUAUCUCCAAACCCGCCUCCUUCCCUUCUUCUCCUCCCGCUGCUGCUGCCUCCUCCCUGCACCCUGCCCCUUCCUCCGCCGCCACUGCCACCGCCUCCCCAGCCACCACCAUCGCCAGUCCCACACAUGCAUCAAACACCCACCUGCAUGACAAUUACCAUCACCGGUACGACGACACCAACAGCUACCUCCAGGACGCCCCGGAGGCGAGCUCCGAAACCAGUCCCUCCGAACAAUUGGACUUCGAUAACGACGUUGACAAUGCGGAUGACAACGACAACAGCAAUGAGGCUGAAGAAGAAGACGAGGAAGAAGCUGACAAUGACAAUAACAAUGAGCAUCAAGAUGAUGACGCUGAGGAAGAUGACGCCUGGUUGCCUCUUGCCAAGUGCUGCCUGCUGGUAGCACUGGAGGAGGAGGCGGCUGCUGCGGCCGAGGGGGCGGGGCUGCACCCGGAGAUUGGGGAGCUGCUGGGGGGCAUGCGGCAGCUCAGGCCUCGCAGUGCUGCAGGCAGCAGCACCUGGAGUGGGGAGCGGCUGGCGGCGCUGGCGGCGGAGGUGGCGGGUCUGCUGGCGGAGGAGCUGAGUGGGGCUGGGCAGGAGCUGCAGGGAGGGGAGGAGCUGAGUGGGGUUACCAGCAGCGGCAGUAGAAGAGAAGGCCAUAUCGGUUGUAGUAGCAGCAGCAGUAGCAGCGGUAGCAGCACCCACCCGUAUGGUCAAUGUAGUAGCAGCAACGACAGCAGCAGCAGCAACAACAAUGCCGCCGCUGCUGCUGCUGACACGAAUGUCCAGCUACCCUCCUGCAGCCCGGGAGAGCUGUACCGGAGGUACCCCAUGCAAACGCUGGCGGCGGUCAACACGGUGUUGUACGACCGGCACGGGUACCGCCCCUGCAACCGUUACGGAGUCGCCAGCGACCACCGGCUUUCCUCCGUGUUAGAGGGCGGAGUGGGCGCCAGUGCGGCCCUGUCCAUUCUAUACCUGGAGGUGUGCGAGCGGUUGGGUUUUCCCCUGGCCGCGAGACCGCUGGAGGAGGGCCGUUAUUUCGUGCUGUGGCCUCGGGACGUGUCGCUAACCGCCAACGGACAGCGAUUCCUGGUGGAUCCGUACGGCAGGGGAGGGCUGCUACUGGCGGAGGAGGUCAGCGAGCUGUUCGAGGUGCCUCCCCGCCUGCUGCUCCGCCCCGCCCCCCGCCGCCUGCUGCUGGCUGCGCUGCUGGGGGAGCUGCGUGACUGCCACUGGGCCUCCGCUGCGGGGUGCUCCGCGGCGCCCGGCAGCAUGGUGCCGCUCAGCGUGGACACCGCACUGGGGAACAAGGUGUCGGUUCCAGGCAGCGGGGUGCGGGCAGCAGCGCUGAGGCGGGCGGUGGCGGCGGCGGAGAAGCGGCUGUGGCUGCUGCCGGAGGACAGUGAAGCCCAGUUGCAGUACGGCUUGCUGCUGUACUUCAGCCGGCGGUACGAUGACGCUUGGAUCGAGCUGGCUUUGUACUUGGAGCGAUUUGGGAAGGGCCUUUUGUCGACAGCAGAUCCCGUUAGUGCCGUCGACAACACGAGUACGAAGGGGCAUGUGACGCCGGUUGCCGACAUGACAUUAACAACAGCAUCACGGGAGGUGGAGGCAGGACCGCCGACGGCGAUCCAAACCGUCAGUACGGAUGAGGCAGUGGCAGCAGCGGCUGCGGUUUCGGAGGUCGUUGAACCUUCAGCAGGGGAGGGUGUGGUCGGCAGUGGGGAUGCGUCCGGAAGGCAACCACAAGGGGGAGAGGACGUAUUGACUGAUGGGGCCAAGGAGGAGACGGGGAGAGGGGAUGCUAAAGCGGACCAAGCGGACGCCGGCGGUUCCCAGCCCUCCCCUAGUAGCUCUUCGGCUUGCUCCAUAUCGGUUCCCUUGGGAUCCAAGGUAGCGAUGCUUGUUGAGCGCAUACGGCUUGAGCUUGAGUUUGCACCGGUACGACCCUAGCCAUGUGCAAUAGACGUUCCAGACGCGGCACCCGAGCCUCCAAGUUCUCGGUAUAUCUGACAAGCUACGCAAGAGGUUAGCGACUAGCAAUCCCUGACCACAGGCACCUGUGGGCUCAUAGUAGAUGCUGACGUUGACUCGCUGGCUUCCACAAUUGGUUGAUUUGCAAACGUUAUUGUUGCCAAUUUAUUAGAUAGUAUCUAUGCUUCCGGCUGAACGUUGCAAAUGAAGGGCAACCGGUAUGGCCGCGGUGGUCCUUCUUAUUGACUGGUCAAGAAAUGACUUUCCUGGACUUCAAGUACGCUUUGUUUAGUAAAUGCUUGGCAAAGUUAGUGUGGACUUUGCCUGUUAGAUUUCGGAGCUUGGUGGUGGUGCGAUUAGGCAGGAUGUUGCUUCCCAGUGCUUUGCCCCGCACCUUUUUUAGCUUCCGUUCUUUCGUUCAAGUAAAGUACUUAUUAACGGGAACGGUAAUGCGACUGUGCGACAUAGUAAGUAGUCGACAAGUGGAACGAAUUUGGAACGUCGCUUGCGAAGUUUGGCGUCGUUCCAAUCGUCGAUUUGAGGUACAGGAUGUGACGCUUGCCGAAAGAACAGCGUCCAUAUAGGAUAUUCAACUUUUAUCAGUACUAUUGCUUUCCUACUUCGCGAUCCCACGUUGCAGCUUGCCUCGAGUCUCACUCAUGAUACGGACUAAGGCCGUUGCAGUAUACUUAAUGGCAGUAAUAAUGUCCUGGGAAACUACAAAGGCAUCUUUUCAAGGUGCUAGGCUAAAAGUGCGACAGUCCAAGGCGAUGUUGGUGUAAUCCCCAGUUUGACGACCGGAGUACGCCGAACGCUUUCAACUGGGAUCUGCACAGUACCUCGCAACUGUUACAUAGAUAGAAACAUUGUUACAUAUAAC